AUGCCGACACAAGCCUACUUUGACCAGUAUCCAUCAUUUCCUAAUGAUGUACAGACUGCCUCGCUUCAGCGCGUCAGCUUCGCAAAACUGCUGAAAAAUAACGCUGCCGAGGCCAACACUCUUUUCGAGGCUUGUCGAGCAUGGGGAUUCUUCGUUCUUGACUUCACAGGAUGCGAAGAGGGUGAAUCCUUCAUACAGUCUGCUGCGAACAUGUUUGAGCUUGAUAAGGAAGUCAACUCGAUCGAUGUCGAGGAACUCAUGAAAUAUGCUUACAAACCUCCAUACUCCCUAUUCGGAUACAAAGAAGCUGGAAACCUCAAGAUCGAGGACGGUCGACCAGACCGCGUGGAGUUCUACAAUGUCGGAAGAGACGACAUAAUGGGAGUUUCUGCCCCACUGUCCAAUCCACCUUGUAUCGAAAAGAGUAGACCGGCUAUCAAGAGCCACAUGGAGCAGGCCCAUUCGAUCGUGCGCUUGAUUUGUGCUACGCUUGACUCUCAGCUUCAUCUCCCACCCGGCACACUCGCAUCUUUGCAGCCAUUAGAUAAACCAUCGGGGACUGCCCUGCGCUUGCUGAGAUACUUACCUCAACCUACUACAGACCGUCGUACGUCUCUUCUCGGACACACGGACAUCGGCUCACUCACCAUCCUAUUCAACAUCACCGGUGGGCUGCAACUGCUAUCCCCUGGCACUGAUCCGACCGACGAGGCUAACUGGCGUUACGUGAAGCCUGUUCCUGGUUGUGCCAUUGUCAAUCUUGGCGAUGCCAUGGUUGAAUGGAGCGCGGGCAUCCUCCGAAGCAAUAUGCAUCGCGUUACCUUCGCGCCCGGCGCCCAAGGCCAGGUACCCCGCUACAGCCACGCCUACCUAGUCAGGCCCCAGGCCGAAGCUCCCAUGAAGAGACUCGCGGGAGGCGACAGUCUUAUCCCCGAACUAGAACAAGGUGAAGAGGACAACACGAUGAAUGCGAAGGAAUGGGAGGCGCAUAAAGCCGUGGCUAUCAGACAGGGCAAGGAUAACGCGAGGAGCAGAGGUGGGAGGGAGAUUAAGCUGAAGGGAGAGAAGAUUGCUGCUCCUGUAGUAAGUGAGGUUGGAGCUUGA